AUUCAGCUGUAACGACGUUGAGUGCACAGCCAUCGCGUCGAACUUUCCACACAACCACCACGGUCCACGAGGCCUCGAAUAAAUGACGAAUCGUUCACCUCGCCCUCACUAACGUGAACGACAAUUUCCCGUCGCUAGAACCAUCAGCUCCCCGAACCAGAUACUAAUUCUUCAACGCGUUUAAUUAAAUUUGUGGAUGACUCCGGCAACCGCCAAGACAGUACAUCGGACUCAUGGCAACGUUUGAACACUUGUGUAUCAGAUAGGGAAACCGUCAACCAAGAAGGUGUAGGUCAGAUCCGGGUCAAGGCUUAGGCCAGAUUAGUCGGAGACGUCUUACCGUUAGCCUUUCACGUUUUGAGUACUAUACUACUACUAUGAUAGAGUACAGACGCCGUUUCAUCUCUUCGGGCUCGAGUACACUAGCAACUCUUAAUCCGGUUCCUUUAUUUCGGCGCCUUACAAAGUCAAUUAUUUACGACAUUAUACAAAGUCCUUGUUGUAUAUGAAGCAGGUUGGAACAAUUGCGAGUUCACUCGCCCCUCCCGACCCGUGAUCCUCACCCUCCGAUAUCCGACCAUGUUUGUUCCAAGGACGGCGUCACUGAGCCCCUCAGCAGAGGACUUGCGCCUCAGAGAAACCAUAUUCAAUGCUAUCUCAUAUCUGAGUGUAAUAUCCUGCACUAUAAUCAUCCUCAUUGCUAUCCUUUUGUCUCUUCAUUCUUUGUCGAAACAAAAAACGGACCGAGUCAGUUUCCGGAUUAUGGUAUACGCGUUAUGUACAAGCGUGGUAUACUCUAUAACUAUGUAUUUAGUAAAUCGUGUUCACGGUCAAACGGCGUGUCGUGUUACGGGAUCGUCGACGGUCUUUGGUCUACACCUAUCAUCCUUCCUGUUCUUCUGCAUCGGCCUCAACCUUCAACUGGUCAUGAUACAUGGGAUUGACGGAGCGAAAGCAGAAAAGUACUAUGUUUGGGGCAGCCUAUCAUUGGCGCUAGUUCUGGGGGUCUUGACAUACGUAUCGAAUCAAUUAACGUAUGAUUCUAAAGUGGGAUGUUACUACUACGACCCCAACCCUGUCAGAGGCUUUUGGUGGCGUGUGCGUGAAUGGCUUCCAGAUUAUCUACAAAUUGCAGUACGAUUUCAACGUUCAAGGUAUUUCACACAGAUGGGUAUGCAGAAUAUAUGGAGCUUCCUCACUAUGGCAGGAGAACUCGUCACGUUUUGUUCGGUGGUCAUUUACAUGAUUCGUGUAAAGGUUUUCUCUCCCGGACCUAGUCUAGCAGCAACAGUACCGGGUUCCCAGAGACUCUCAGCAUCGCACCAGUACCGCAAACCUCUGGGACCUAGACAGUACCGGAACAUUGUAUUGCGAAUCUCACUCUAUCCCCUCUCGUCGUUAGCUACAUCGGGACUCGCAGCUGUAGGGACCGUCUCUCGUCCCACCCAGGCAAUCAACACUCGAUCAGACUGGAUUGCCGUAAGCACCUUUCGCGCUGUUUUCUUAUCCCGUGGUACGGUCUACGCGUUGGUCGCCUGUGCAGAUCCGGCUAUCACUCAAGGCCUGAAAGUGUUAUACAGACACUAUACACGACGACAGACAUCGAGCCUCUCACCGUCAACCCAGAUCGACAUUGCUCCUCCUUUGGCUAGUCAUAGCAGCUCAAAUGCAGCGGCUGACCUCGAGCUCGAAGGAAUCCCUGACCCGAAGAACGAAAGUUUACGUCGGGCAUGCCUUCGAGAAUCUAGGAGCAGCGUGACUCUGCCAAAGACAGCUGUGACACUUCCAAGCAGGGAGGGUACUCAUUCUGGCACUAGGUUCAAUUGUACCGCGGGUACAGGUGUGGGGAGCGAAACCCAGAUCAUUGAAUCUGACGGCGUUCAGCAUCAUUAUUCAUACCCAUAUUUGAGGCAAUUGUAAGAAAGGACAAUAGCUUUGUUUUACUGUAGGUCAACGGGAACGGGACUCCUGAAGAAUUUCUAAUGUUGUACUUUGUCGUUUAAGUAUGGCAUUCACUUCAACCUAGAGUCCACUAAUCACAUGUGUGCACUAGUAGUCUUCUGGUACGUACUGUAUAUAACUCACUCACCUGUAUUAAUAACGCCGGACAAAUGUUAUUGCUA